GCAGGCCUGUUGUGUGUCUGACGAUAGACGCUGCGUGGGGGUUUUCGCUUGAUGUCAUUGGGAAAGACGCGAGAGGUGCGUUUACAUUACAGCUUCUCAUGCUCCUGCGGCGUCUUGCAGGCGUUUCUUUCCAAACUCACGCAGUUAACGAUCUUUCACCUUACAGACGAACAUUUUGACGGGUUUUUGGGGAUGAAGGUGAUGCGGCGGGGCUGUGCUCGCGCUCGGCGUCCGUGCAGAUGCGCGUGCAGCUGAGCAGAAAGAUGGACCACAACACCGUCGACGAAAACGGCCCUGCACGGCUCUAAUUCGCUUCUUUUACGCUUUUGCUGUUAAAUCCCGCUGUCGAGACCUUCUUGGAGAUGGAUAUGUGGACGUCGAGUGGCGUUAGGCCCUCCGGAUGGCAAACAAACCGUGCGGAUCUGUAGCCUGUUAGCUAGUAACAGAAGAAGACCGCAGUCUCCGUAUGAGGGUGAUGAUGAGGAUGGAGCAUCAGCUGUUAGGAGGAAGAUCAGGGGCACAACCUGGUCUUUAGGGAGUUUGUUUCGUUCGACAAAGCUGCUGGACUUCUAGCCAUAUCAUAUCACAGCAUAUCAUGCAGUCAGACCCGAGCAGUGUUUACUGACCGCUGCUGAUAUCUGUAGAGAGACUAGCUCAGUUCUUCACUCCUGUAUCAGAGUCCAGGUAACCUGAGAUGGAUAAACUCACCAUUAUUUCAGGAUGUCUCUUUCUGGCUGCGGAUAUAUUUGCCAUAGCGAGCAUUGCCAAUCCGGACUGGAUCAACACUGGCGAGUCAGCAGGAGCUCUUACCGUGGGGCUGGUGCGUCAGUGUCAGACUAUUCACGGACGAGAUCGAACCUGCAUUCCCCCGCGACUCCCCCCGGAGUGGGUCACCACGCUCUUCUUUAUCAUCAUGGGCAUCAUCUCCCUCACGGUCACCUGUGGCCUGCUGGUGGCCUCGCAUUGGCGUCGAGAAGCCACAAAGUACGCAAGGUGGAUCGCCUUCACAGGAAUGAUCUUGUUUUGUAUGGCUGCCCUCAUAUUCCCAAUAGGAUUCUACAUCAAUGAAGUAGGGGGACAACCAUACAAAUUACCCAACAACACAGUGGUGGGCUCCUCCUAUGUACUGUUCGUGCUCUCCAUCUUCUUCACAAUAGUGGGGCUUCUGUUUGCGGGAAAAGUCUGUCUUCCUGGCUGAGGGGACGGUCCCAGCUUGGACAGCUGGGGUGUUCAAUGUGAAACGGAAAGACACGGCACUCAUCGAGAAGGGGCAACGACAGGGGAUGGUAUUAUAUGGUAAACACUAAACUCAUUAAACUGCAAAACUAAUAAAGACGAUUACUGCACACAAUACAUACGAGUGCGUCCGACCACAUACUCCCCUUCGCCCAACCUGUGCUUAGUUAAACCUGUGCUGUCUUUAUGUUGCACCUUUGAGUUUUAACCCAAAGGAUUGGGGGCGUUGAAGUACACAGGCCCAUCCGGAAAGGACCGAGUGCAUCCACAGCGGCUGCUUCCAGUACUACUUCACUAUGGAAUAUAGUUCCGUUAUCUUCGGUUCGUUUAAGUUUCGCACUCAUGUAUGCCCCCUGCCUUUGUGGAGAGGAAGGACAAGAAAGUGGUGGAGAAUGUGGGCAGAGACAAGUUGGGCCGGGCGCUCAGUCCAACAAAUCGGACUCCCCACAUUCUCUCUAGUGGCCCAAGAGCUGGCCAGGACGCUGCACUGUUACAAAAGAGGGAAACUGGUAAAAGGGAACAGUAUUAAGAACAGUUUUGCUCACACACUACAACGAGGCAAGCUCUCCAGGACUGCCGGUCAGGACCCUGCAAGGCUGUGCCUCACUGUUAAACCACGCUCAGAUAUUGACAAAUCUGAAUCUGACAUCAUACCAAAAGUAACUCCUGCCUGUCCUCGCUUGAGUAUGGGCCGAGUUGGGUUGAGUCACAGGCGGAUGUGUUUUUGACUUUACACCUGUUCAUCUCUUCUUGUUUUGAUCUCUGGAUUUGCAGAGCCCUUUACUUGUUUGGUUUGAUUUGCUAAUGUGCCAUAAACCUGUUUUCGUUGUAUGAAUGCUAAAGGCAUGAGAGGAGCACUGUGCGGUAUAGCCAUUUCAGUAGGUAAAGCACUACAAAAAAAACGAACUCCUUACCUCAAUAUUUUGCGAUUCAGCAUUAUUUUUCCCCUCACCAUGACAAAAUGUGUGCCCUGUAAGUUAUGAUCUGCCUUGAUCACGGACGUUUCAUUAAAAUGCUGCGAUCAUGGCAAUUUAUUUAUCUGACACUGAAUAAAAGGAGCUCAAGAAUGUGUGCUUGUUACAUCAACCCUGUUUUUGUUUUUGGAAAGCAAAUGUACCGUGUAAGAGUGUCUUUACAGUGGAACGAAAUCAGAACUGUAUUUUAUUUAUGAUGGUCGUGUGAUAUGAAGGUUACAUUUUGCCCACAAGUUGUUGUUUUUUUUUUUUUGUUUGUUUUUUUUUCAUAAAAUCUCCUCGUGUUCGGUUUUAUUUGAAUGUGCUUUUCUGUUCAAUCCAUUUACGGAAGGUCAUGCUCACAGUCGCCUUUACGUUCUUUACAAAAUUAAUUUCAUUAAUGCUUCGAAAGACUGCACUUUCCUUGGAAACACUCAUAUUCAUUAUAAUAUGGAAGCUUGUUUCCGCCACUGAAUAAAAAAUAGAAAUGAUAAUUGCAACUUUUUAUCUCACAAUUAUGGCUUUUCUCACAAUUGCGAAAUAUAAACUCAAUUACAAGUUAUAAUGUCAGAAUUGUGAGAUAUAAACUCACAAUUGCGAGAAAGUCAAUUGCGACACACUCAGUUGACUCUUUCUCGCAAUUCUGACUUUUUUUUUUUUUCCACAAUUGCGAGUUUACAUCUCCCAAUUAUGACUUCUCAGAAUUGCGAUAUAAACUUGCAAUUGUGAGAAUUGCGAGAAACUCGCAAUUGACUCUCGCGAUUCUGACUUUUUUUCUCGCAGUUAUAAGUUUACAUUUCACAAUUAUGACUUCUUUUCUCAGAAGUGAUAUGAACUCGCAAUUGCGAGAAAAAAGAAUUGUGAGAUAAAAAGUCACUAUUUUUUUUUUUUUAUUCAGUGGUGGAAACAAGCUUCCAUAUUAUAGGGAUGGCUCAACAGAUGAGAGAUAUUUAUUCAAAUUUUAGAUGAUUCUCGUAAAUAUAUGGGGUAAGAACAUAAACUCUUGGAUUGAUGAAUUGAUAAAAAAAUGUUUAUAAGAAAAACUCCCACCUGCAUAUUCAGGCAAGAUGUGUACAAUUGCUUUUGGCAAAAGACGACGUAUCGCACUGGGACCUAAAUUAAUGUGAACUGUGAGAACAACGGUGGACGACAGCACCUCCGCGCUAAAGACUGCUUCUGCUUUGGAUAUUUUUGGAAACCCAUCAUAAAAUGGAAUAAAACUAUAGGGGUAAUGAACAUCAAUGACAUAUAGGGUAAUGAAAAGUUAUUAUUUAUAAUUUCAAAAGGGAAGGAAACAAAUGUAAGAGUAACAGUAUUAUCUAUCAAAGGAUGUUAGCAGUCCUUGUGCACAGUUACUGUUAACAGAUUCAUGUUACGGGCAAGACAACUGUUUUCUCUGCUACUCUUUGUUUCAGUAUCUCACUGUAUACAAUAAAAGGCAUAAAAGAA